UUUCAGUGCGGGGUGGAGCUCCGUGAAAGUUUCAGAUAAAGAGUGGCCUGAAAACAUUCGGAAAGCUUCUUCGCACUCGCUUAGGGAGACACGAAACAGCGUUAGUACCCAAAAUGUUUCGUUGUGGAAUCUCGUACCCAAGAUGCAGGUGGAUCCUGCCUCUGCUCCUGCUGUUUGCGAUUAUUUUUGACAUUAUCGCCAUCGCAGCGCAGUCCGGAUGGGUGGAGGACGAGAACGCCAAAACGCACUACGCCAGCAUGUGGAAACAGUGCCGAGGCCGCAACGAUAAGUGGGAAUGUAAAUCUCUCAUGGAGUUCCCAUGGGCCCAGGCAGUCGCUGCUCUAAUGAUCAUAGGCCUCAUCAUCCUUGUCAUCGCCUUCAUCAUCUCGUUUGUGGCUCUCUGCUGUUCCCUCAACAUCCCAGUGCUGCCUCUAAUCGGAGGUCUCCUUAUUUUUGCUGUAAUCAUCCAGAUAAUCGCUCUGAUCAUCUACCCUGUCAAGUUCAAUGAGCUGAUCUACGAAGGUUAUUAUGACUACACGUGGGCGUACGGCUUUGGCUGGGGUGCGACCAUCUUGAUGCUGGGCUGCGGUAUCCUCUUCUGCUGUCUUCCACGCUACGAAGAUGAGCUUUCCGGCAUGGCCAAGACGAAAUACAUCUACACCUCUCCCUGAAAGAUUUAAAUACUCCAUCUCUCAAAAAGGACAAUGUUAAGCCACCCAAGACUAAAUGUCAAUGCUCUCCGAUCUCCAAAAGUAUUUUUUUUUAUCUUUCCAAACGAAAUGUUGGACCAUACUGACUUUGAGGAGGGCUGUCAUUGCCCUUUUGCCUAACUUUUGGGACUAAUGCAAUUAACUUUUAUAAACUUUUAUUAUUAAUAAUCAUUCACAAAGAGCCUGGGCUUCUUUUUUUUUUUUUUUUUAAAUGUCACUCAGCACAGAUUGAACUCCAUUAUUCAAAAUCUCUAUAUUAGACCGUUUACAAUGUCCGUCACAUAUUACAUGUAAAUAUGAUUCAUUUUAGGAAGUAAUCACAUUAAUACAACUCAGCAAAUAAUUUAGUGCAUAGAGUUUGCUUAGAAUUUACACUGUAACAUGAACAUUGCGAUGUAGUUUUGUUAUUUGUGUAUUGCUACAACGUCUCUACAUAUCAACAUUAAGAACAUAUUUUUACGAUGUAACUGUGUUUUUACAUUAGCGUUUCAUUCCGCGUCAGGCCGUCCUUGUUUAUCACAAAAGCGGCUGUGCGUGCUCGAUUGCACACUUCCUUAAAGUGCUCUUACUGUCAGCGAAGAGUGUGUGCUUUGUGUUUGGCUGGCCAAAGUGAAGUGAACAUCUUUUUUGUGUAUUGUGUGUUUGGUUUUAUAGUAAAAUAGUAAAAUAGGUUAGCAAGUGGUUAAAAAUACAAAACACAGCAACCUGAUGUUUUCUGUUUUCAGUUUAAACAUCUUGAUGUGUUCAUGCCACAAUCAUUUAAUUUCAAUUAGUCGGUUUGAUGUAUAUGUGGAAAAAUAUCUAAAACGUACUUGGCUUGUAAACUUUCCAAAACUGUAGGGGUUUUACUAGAUUCUUUGUUAGAUUUUUUUCACUUUGUCAUUUGCAGUUUUGUGUGAUAUGAAUUGUAAAUCAAUCUUCAAUAAAGGGGAGACAAACGUA